UUAUCAUACUUGACACGCAACUUCACUCUUCACUUUCACUGCUGUCCAUUUUCGAGUCUUUAGGGGAGAGGGAGCCAGUGCUGGGCAUUUGGUAUCUGUUGGCGACCAGCAUACGAUCAUGUAUCGAUGUGGAUACACCCCUCAAGUUUCAAUGUUCUACUUGCAGUGAGGAUGGAAUGUUGGCUGUGGUGAUAAGCAAUUGUGAGUCAGCACAAUCACUGUGCUCUUAGAGUCACACCCCCUCUGCACCUCUGUUCCAGGAACUUGGGAGAACGAAAGUGUUUCGGAAAGAAGAGUCCUGAUGACUACAUGAGGUGCGUCCACAAUGAGCGGGCCCCAUUGUGAGCUACCAGAUCAGGUAGCAAAGUGGACCACAAAGGAUGUCACUCACUGGCUGACCUCCAAGGUCCGUGUUCAUCCGACUUUUGCAGACAAGUUUGAAAAAGAAGACGUGUGUGGAGAAUUCCUACUGACCUUUGAGAAAAAAGAAAUACUGGAGAUGGGCAUAAAACAUGGUCCCGCGGUCAAAAUCACCAGGUACCUGGAACAGCUGAAGAAAGAAGAAAAAGGUUCAGAAAUGGAGUCCCGAAAGCCCUGCCUUAUUGAGCAGUGGACCAAGGAGGAGGUGUAUCAGUGGUUGCUUCCUCUUGUAAAGAGCAACAAGCAAUAUGCAGAAAAGCUCCUACAGGAAGAUGUCUCUGGAGACUGUCUGCUUUGCUUUGAGAAGAAGGACUUCAAGGACAUCGGCAUCAGAACCGGUCCAGCAGUGCACAUUCUGAAAAACCUUGACAAGCUCAAAGAGCAAGUGGACCUUACCACAGACCAACAGGAGGGCAUGGCUCAGGCAAAAGAUGAAGUUGACUCUAAAAAACUGAAAGAGAGCCAAAAGGUGGCUCCUUCAACAGAGGACAUUCCAGUUCCGAGACUGAACUCUCAGGUUGUGCUGUCCAAGAGGAAACAAGUCAAGGACACAAUCCAGCAAGUGGUCAGCCUCUUGGAGGAACUACCAAAAGAAGACUUUAAAAAAUUUCAAGUCUUCUUACACGACAAAAACAAUGAGAAGAAGCGGCAAAUUCCUUGGUGCAAACUGGAAGGCAGGGACAGAGUGGACACCGCCAAAUUAAUGAGCGACCACUACGACGACCAGGCCAUACCUGUGACAAGAGAACUUCUGCACCAAAUCAAUCAGCACCAGCUUGCUAGCACAUUGGAAGUUCAGUCGGGUCAGCUGAUGUGCUCCUCGGAAGAAGCGGAGUUAAGGAGAGAUGCAAACCAAGGAGAAAAACUGAAAAAUCUGCUGACGUGCGGUGGGAACUCCCUGGACAACUAUGAUAGAUUUGUUGUGGUGGUGAACAAGAGCAGUCCAGAACAAGUCCAGCACCUCCAAUUUCUGACCAAACUCCAGCUGUUCUGUGUCUUGGACUUUGACCCAAACUCCAACAUCCCUCAAGGAUUGUGUCACUCCUACAAAGAGACACGUGUGGCGAAUCUGCAUUACCCAUCUCAGUAUCAGGGCGAAGUGGACUCUAUAGUGACCGACCUCAACCUCUAUGGUCAGACGAGCUGGGUCUUCUGCAAUGGUAGACACGAUAUCGAGAGCGAACGUAACAUGGAGCGGGACUAUAAGACGUGGUGGAAGAAAUCUUGCAGAGAUGUCGAGCAGUUGGUUGCAUUCAUUUGUCACUGUGACUUUUUUAAUUAUGGAAGAGGCCUCAUCAUUUUCCUUCUGCUGUCGUCUGUGGACACAGACAAGGACCCGUUUUUUGAGACCUACAAGUCUUUCUUGAAAUACAGGGAAGAAGAGAAUAACAUCAUCACUAUUUGUGAGUCCACAAGCACUUACACCAAAUGGAAGGAACUCAUUGUUGAAAAGUUUGACUAUGACAUAGACCCGCUCUCAAUCUACGAGCUGACACUCAGUCAGGUCAACGGGACUGUGAUGGCACUGGGGCCGUUCAGCCAGUCGCGUACAAAGCUGUUACCGUCGUCAGACUCCAGCGCCGUGGUGCUGAAGCAGAAAGAUGAAGAUUUAUUGACCGCUUUGGACAUUUUGUGUCUGAAUCAGUGUGAAAAUGUUUAUGAAGACGAAAGCGGUCCAGAGUUCCAAAAGUUUCGGAAGCAACAGGAGGAGGACUUCUACCGAGGAGGCAAAGUCAAAUGGUGGAACUUCUACUUCUGUGACAAGGACAGUAAGAAGACAUUUGUCAAGAGAGACAAGUACCAAAAUGUGAUGGGAAUAAUUCGCUCUCAGAGAGUCAGCAGAAAUACUUGUGUGCUGUUGAAUUUAUUCCAUCAUCCAGGCUGUGGCGCUACCACCUUAGUCAUGCACGUCAUGUGGGAGCUUCGCAGCGAGUUUCGAUGUGCGGUGUUGAAAGAUACCACGCUGCCUAAGGAAGACGUAGCUGCUCAGAUUAUAGAUCUCAUGAAGCUGGAAAGUGUAAUGCCCUCUCCAGUCUUGCUGUUGAUGGACGACUUAAAGGAGACCGUUAGUGACGACCUUGUCAACUGCAUCCGCAAAGCGGUGGAAGACUUGGGCAACUCCAAUGUGAACACGCCAAACUGCAAAGUCAUUGUCCUGAACUGUGUUCGCUCGCAUAGCCCAAAAGAACAAUACAAGCAUCACAACUCCACCCAGUGUCAGUUCAUCACCGCUUCACUGUCACAACAUGAGCAGGAAGAGUUUGACAAGAAACUGGAAGAGCUGCAGAAAACACACGAUAAGCCCGAAAACUUUUACACCUUCAUGAUCAUGAAGAGCAAUUUUGAUCAGAAGUACAUCAAGGAUUUGGCUCGCAAUACAUUGAAGAACUUUGACAUUGACACCGAGGAUGCCAAACUCUUUGCCUUUCUGGCCUUGCUGAACACCUAUGUCUCGGAAUCGGGAAUUGCAUUGUCGCUUUGUGAGGAUUUCUUUGGGGUGAAAAUGACACGCCUCCCAGUGGACUGCGUGUUGGACAAGAUGAAGGUCUACUCCAACUUCCUCAUUAUAGACAGAGUCGAAGAGUGUGGAGGAUACAAAAGACUUCGGAUUCUCCAUCAUUCCAUUGCGGACGCCUGCUUGGAACAAUUGGAGCAAGGCUACAACUUAAUGGCUAGUGACAUCACUAUGCUGAUGCUUCACUGUGAUCUGUUCUUCAGGAAAGGCGUGGUCAAAGACAAACUGAUGCUCUCCAUUGUAUACAUGUUGAUUUCAAGACGCAAGAAGGAUGGCAAUGAAAGGGAGCCCUUCUCUCCCCUCAUUGACAAAAUCCAUCAACAGCAGGGGAGACAAACUGUGCAGGACAUCUUUGUGAAGGCGUCCUCCAGGUUUAGUCAGACGGCGUCUAUCCCUCAAGCCUUUGCACGAUAUCUGUGCAUCAACGAGCGAGACUUUCCUGAGGCGCUGAAGUGGGCCGAGAAGGCCAGGAACAUCACAGAAAACGCGUACAUGAUUGACACAAUUGGACAAGUAUACAAAAGUUACCUGAAGUCAAAUAUGGACAAAGAAAAACAAGAGAUGUCUCACAAUCCAGAUGACUUGGACACCAACAUUCACCUCGCCAUCAAUGGAAUCAGAGCUUUCCAACGCGCCCAAGACCAGUGGGACAAUUUGCAACUGGACAAGCCCGAUGAUCAGUCUGGUGACUUCCCUCGAAAGGCGUACAAUAUAUACGGCCACGUGGGAGUGAUAGAAGUGUCUUUCCUUGUCUUUGAGAUCCUGGUUAGAGUACCUUUCUUCGAGGAAUGUGACCCCAUGAAGAAGAAGUACUUUGUGAGUUUUCUGAAAGGCUCCAUUCCAAUCGGUAGCGUUCACAAAGACAGUAGCCCAGUCAACGACCAAUUUGCAAAGAUCAUCAAGGACCACGAGCCCUUCCUGCUCCACCUGAAGCCUAACGUCAAGGAGAAGUUUGACUUCCUCAACUGUUACUUCACCUACACCAAAGGCAACUUUGAGUUUGACACUCUCAACUACAGGACAAUGUGCAACCACUUUAAAAAGUAUGUGGAGCUCUUCUGCACUGCGCCAGGGGAGCUAAGAAAAGUGAAUGAGGACAACCCCAAACUGAACCUUAGCUUGCUCAUUGAAGAACGCAGGAUGUAUCUGGAAAAGAACAAAGCGGACACCUUCUCUGGAAUUCUUCAACACUGGGACAAGUCAGCCCACGAGAUGGAGAAAAUUGUGGAAUGCUUUGCUUUUUUGCAACAGACAGUCAAACAAAAACACAACAUUCAAGUGAAAAUCAAUUACAUUUUGGCAAAUGUGGUUCUUUACACUUUCAAUCCAAAGUCCAAGCUUGUGAAGAGCUACAAGCAGCUGUGUGAUUUGCUUCGGGAAGCUCUGCAGGUUGUUGUACACCCUUACCACUUACCGGACCCGUACUUCCUGGCUGUCCUCUUCUUCUGGCCCACACUGUCGGAGGAAAACUCAGAAAUUCAAGAAUACCUCAAACACAUUCGCAGUUCAUCCCGCAAACACCUGUCAAAGUUGUUCUACAAGAGAAGCACCAUUGCACACCUGUACUUGGGAAGACAGGAUGGACUCAAGAGACUUGUGUCCAAAGCCAGUCUGGAUAAGAAUUUUCUUACCAAGAUGUCACGUGACAAACUGGCACAACUCUGGUGGAACGGAGACAUCUUUCAGGAGAAAGACAUCAGCGGCCGCCUGCUCCGAGUCAGCGGAACCAUCGAGCAGGGAGAAGUCUUUGCCAACUACGGAAAAUUGAAAAUUCCUGUGAACCCGGCACGCAGGAGUGGAAUUAGAGGCGGUUGCAGCACAGAGAAGAUAUCCUUUUAUCUGGGAUUUGCCAUCAAUGGGCCGCUGGCGUACGAUAUUCAGUAUCAAAACUAGACCUGUUGUUCCGAUUACCUCUGUGCCUUGUGGCGCUCUCCCGUUCUCUCUCGCCUUCAGUAUAUCGCCCGGCUGGAGCUGGGACAGCUGGACGCAACUGUUCACCAUCAGACCGUGAAGCCACUGAGGCUGAUUGGAGGCAGCUGGGAGUUGCUGGUUCUUCACUCUCGCUACCUGAAGUCCUCGCACGCCACGACUCCGCUACCAGCUCCCUCAUCCUGUCCAGCUGUCCCUGCCUUCCCAGCCAGAGGACUCUCCCUUCGUUUUGCUUCCCUGGUGUGCCGCUGCCACCAGCACCCUCAGUUUGUCCACUGUUCUCACCUUUAGUUUUAACCUUGGUGUGCGCCCUUAGUUAGCCCUCCUUCUUGCCUUGAGCCUCGCUUGUUCACCACCAGUGAGUCAUUAAAGAACUUUUAACCACUCAAACCUGCAUCUGCAUUCUGUGGUCCACCGCGGGAACGUAACACCUGUGUCUGUAUGUAAAUAUUCGCUUAUUGUAAGAUGUCUUCCUCGGGGAAAAAAUAUCCUGAACAAAUAAAUGUGGCAUUGUUUUCA